UCACAUUUCUAAAUUUGUUUUAUUGCAGAUGAUUGAAAAUAUGACAAUGCUUCUAAAUUUAAUUUUCUUAAAAAUGUUUUACCUUUUGAAAGAGACCAAAUUUUUGAAGAUUUUCAAUUUUUAAAAUCCUGAAAAGACAAUAUUUUUCUUUAAAAUGUUUUACCUUUUUGAAAGAGGCCAAAGUUUGAAGAUUUCCAAUGUCAAUUUCGAAGAUUUUCUGGAAUAACCAGAAAUAUUGGCUGCAAUUAAGAAGUUGAAAAGGUUAUUAAAUUUUAAUUUAAAUAAUAAUGAAGGCUGGAGAGUUAUCGGAUUAGCAGUUAAUGCGAGAAUCGGCAAUAGAGACAGACGAAUACAAUGAAAAUUUAUUCAUAAUCAAAAAUCAAUAUUAAGCAGAAAAAGAUUUGCAAAUCAAAGCAAAACGAUAGCAAAAUUCACAACAAUUAAUCAACAUCAACAUAAUUAUAAUAACCCAGAAAAUAAAUUUCUUCAACUCUCCUCUCGUCCCCAGCCCAGCCAUCUCUUUCUCAAUUCUCUUUCUCUCUCUACAACUUUUUCUCUGCCUGUCUCUCUCCAUACGGAUAUACAUGCCUUGACAUCUCAUGUAGUCCGUCGAGAUUCGCUUUCUUUCUCUGCCUGGAAUUUCUUGAAUUCUCCGCCAAGUUGAGUGGGGAUGAAACGUUGAUGGGUCGAUACAGAGAAAGGGGGUGGCAAUUUUGAAACCUAAUUGGGGAAAGGCGAAAACUGAGGGACGAAGGGAAACAGUUGCGCCCGGAGAAUCAUGAGAGAAGAUACAUGUGAGAUGCACCAUGAAGAUGAUAAAGUUCUUUCAGAGAAGAACAAGAAAAGGAUAGUGAAGACACAUGCUCAGGUUCAAGCAUUGGAGAAAUUUUACAAUGAGCAUAAAUACCCUUCAGAGUCAAUGAAAAUACAACUUGCAGAGUCCAUAGGUUUGACAGAGAAGCAAGUUUCUGGAUGGUUUUGCCAUAGGAGGUUGAAAGAUAAGAAGUUAAUCAAUGGAGAAAACCAUGCCACUGUAAGGCAAGAUCGCUCAAGUGGAGUCAUACAAGACCGUGGCAGCGGGCAUAGGCAAGAUUCAUGUGGUAGCACAAAACAGGGGGAUGAUAAGAAUCUUGAUACCAGGGAAGUGGAAAGUGGAAGGUUGACGUCAAAAGAAUUUUCUGCUGCAGACCUUACUUAUGAGCAUGACAGUCAUUAUGCUGGAAACUACAAUCACACAAAUGAUGAUUCUUCAGGAAGUAGUAGUUCAUUGCGGAAUGUCCCUCCUAAUUACCAAAACGGGGAUCCCUCUGAUGCUGCUACUUCAAGGUACCUAAUACCAAAACUUCCAUCUGAUGUAAAGGGUGUAAAAACCAGGCCUGGCCCGUCAGGUUACUUAAAAUUGAAGGGACGAUUGGAAAAUCCUGCUAUAACUGCGGUCAAGAGGCAGCUGGGGAAGCAUUAUCGGGACGACGGUCCUCCUCUUGGUGUUGAAUUUGAUUCACUUCCUCCUGGUGCAUUUGAAUCCUCAAUGCAGGAGCCAGUUGAAGAAAAUUACCACACUGGAGAAGAUGUCCGUCGCUCACCUGAUCUUUUGAAUGUUCGCCAGAAUUCCAAGUUUUGCAAGGGAUCUGAAUACUUAUCCAGCAUGGCUUCAUUUAACUCUGACAUUGAUGGUACGAAUUUCAAAACAAGGAGUGGCUCUGAUAUUCCUGAUAGCUACAUUUACCGAAAGUCCAAAAUAAAGACGUCUUUCUCCAACAGUGGUUCCUAUUAUCCGAGGAGUAACUCUUCAGUGGAAUUUACUGAAGGUACUAUCAGAGAUAUACCAGGCGUUGGGAGUAGAGAUGAGUAUGGUUCGAGGCGAAGACCUGGCGUCGAAGUUACAACAAUGGAUACAGUUCCAAGAUAUUCAAAUCUGCAAGCUUUUGGUGGCAAAUUGAGAGAGAAACGAGCAGAGUCUUGGUCUCAAAAAUAUAAUGAUGUGAGUGCAAGGGUUGCCUUUGGAGAAGAUACUGAAAAUGAGAAUUCCAACUUGACCGCAAGAAGAAAUGGCUACCACAGUUCUGUGGACAAAGGGCUCCGCGGAGAAGUUAUUAAGGAUGAUAAAAUAUAUACUGAUCGGAGGAUGAUAAAUGAACAUCAAAUGAAGAUCCCCAUCAAGAAUGAUACUAUUGGCAAGAAAAGAUUAAGGGAAGAAUUUCCACAUCAGCAACCCCCAAAAGCAACAUUGAUGGUGGAUACAACACCACAGAACUAUCAAGUCAUAAGGUCUGCAACAGAGAUGCCAUCAAGUUUUAGUGAAGACGACGAAAGUGGCGGAACGAGUUCGUCGGUGGACUGAAAAAGGCAAGAUAUAUAUGGAUGCUUUAUACUUGUUGGUUAAAGUUACUUCGCUGCUUGCGGAGAGCUGGAAAUAUGUACAGUUACAAAUAAUUUUAUAGCAUUGUAACAUUAUUAUGUAGUUCUUGUAGGAACCUUCAUUAUAUAGAGGAUGGUCAUGGCCCGAUGUGAAUCAUUCUUGUCUCAGUUUAUUAGUAUCUUCCGUGAGGAAAAUUAUAAUAUUCCAUCA